CUUUGUCAAGUCAAAAUUUCGCCUGGGCGACACAGUCUCUGGCGUCGUGACAAUGAACCGCUCCCGGAGCAUUGCGCGCGUCGUUCGCAUCGCCGCAACGCUGGAGACGCACGAAGCGAUCGAGCCUACCCUCGCCACGCUUCCCUCUGCCCGGUCGCGGCAGAUGACGAAACGAGUCCAUGCAGAAUUCCAUCAGGAUACCCUCGACGCUGGUCAGGUGGGCUUCCAGCUGACAAUACCCUCGGGCGCCACGCCAGACUUUGUCACAAGCGGGAUGCGGCUGGCCUGGACUGUUCGCAUGUCCUUCUUGACCCUCAGCGCGCCGAGGCCGGCAGAAGAGGGCAACAAGAAGAGGGCGGUGCCGCCAGUCCACCUCGAGGAGGCCAGUUCGUCGAGGGAUGCUUUCUCAGCGUACCAUGCUGCUCUUAGAGGCGUCUCGAGCCUCUCGGGACCCCAUACGCCCAAGUCCGUCUCGGUGCUGUCAAAGGAGGACGAUGGAGAAGCAAGAGAAGACGAGGCGAAUCCGAACCAAGAGGCCAAGCUGGAAAUCGUAGAGUGCGCAGUUCCCCUCCACGUCCUGGCCCAUUCGACGAGGUUCCGAACGGGAUCCGUCUCCUUUACAGCAUAGACCCCGAAGAAAUGAAAGAAUUGUAAAUUCUGAGUUGCUUCUGUUAUGUACCACCUCAAAUAGAUACAAGUGUGUGUAUGUG